CGGCACUGUCGUGUUGUUGUCUUUGUGCCGCUGUAACUGAACUUUAAACAUCUUAAAUGUCGAAGUCCAGUCUCCAGUUUUCCACCAAGAAACUCGGGUACUACUGUAAUUUACCCAAACUGGCGACGUGAUUAGAGAAAUUCAAGGUAUGAAGCUCUUUCAGGCAAUUAGUUAGCAACGUUAACUUACAUUGACAGUAAGUUAACCUAACGUUACUGUACCAAUGGUGCUUUGGCUGAUUUUGUAGACGAGUUACACGUCUCCUGUUGGUCUGUAAUCUGGACUGAAUUCCCGUACAAAGCUUGUCGCAUCCAAGGUGUAUGUGGAGUCAAAUUAUGGGUUUCUGGCAGCCGGUGACCAACCUUAGAGAUUAUGUAUCCCAGAAUCCUCCAGGGGUGACAUUUUUCCUGUGUCUGUUGACUCUGGCUGUCUCGUUCAUCUGCCUCAGCUCUUACAGCUACACUCACACUUUGCCUAACCCUGACAUAGAAAAGGACUGGAAUCGUUUCCUGUUGUCCUUAUCACACUUCCAGCUGUGUGUGAAAGCAAAUGAAAGUUCAUCUGAGCUUGUCUCGCCAGUCCCUGCCCCUCUGAUAGAUAGAGACACUUCAGUUAACUCUAUAAAGUCUCCUUCAGUAACACGUUUGCGUCUCAAGGUUCCCCUGGCUGUGACUACCAACUCAAACAGUGGCUCUCUGAAAGACCUUGGUCUACACACUGCCUUGAGAGCCAGUCAACUACAUCUUGGGGGCAAUGAGAUUGUCAAUGUGACUCUAGAGUCUGGAAAUGACACCUGCACCUGCCUCACCAUAAGUGCCCCUACACACCUCCUGCCCAUGAGCCUACUUCCACCAGAGUGCCCUACAUCUGAGAAAAACAUUUCACCCAUCCACGUGGAAGCGAGCAACCAGCUGCCUACAGCAUCACAAACCUGCUACAGUCUGCAGUCCAAGAAUGACCCUACACUCACUGUCAUGUUAACACAGGAGGAGCAGAGUGUGGCGGUGCAGCAUCUGUUGGAAGUCAGCGUGUGUCUGCUAGGAGUUUGUUUGAUCCUCUGUUUAUCUGCCAGUAUGAAACAUUCACUCAUACGCCGCAACAACUGGACUAAUGGACUGGAUCUACAAAAUGAGCCCUUGAUUGACACCUAAACAUUUUUCAUCUUCUGCAUCCUGAAGAAACAAGAUGGUGGUUUACAGAGCAAUAUGUAUCACUAUUUCUUAAAGGGGCAUCCCACAGAUUUUACAAAAGAAACCAUUUUUAGUCUGUCUCUCUCAAGUUUCCCAACUUAAUGAAAGUACAAUACUAAAUAAGUGGAGCAUCUGUGUUAUGGGAGACUGAUAGUGAGAAACAUACAUGUGAUAAAGAAGGAGUGCAUUUUGUAAUGGGACCACUGUGUAAUGGGAACAACUAAUCAACUGGGAAUGCCUACACUGUUGACUGGCCAUACAUUCACUGUUAUGGGCCGUGCAUCCCAGGAAUUGUUUUCUGUUUUAACUAACUUGUCUACUUCAGUUACCACAUUUCCCAGAAUUACGCUCAAUAACUUUUGGAAAAUGAACUGAACGGGUUGGAGUGAGAUGUGUAUAUUGAUGAAUGUAUUGAGAAGUGUUUUUUUUUUUUCAGUCAAAAAUCUAAUAUUAAGGUCUUUGAGCAUACUAGGCUAGUUAGCCUGUUUAAAUGGUAUAUAACAUCCUGCUAAGGUUUCUAUGAUACAGGUAAUUUUUAAUACUAUGUUUAAUAACAGAGUUAACUAGACACUUAGCACAGUAAAAUGUGGUAAUGGAAAUGACCAGUGUUAUGAAAUGACAUGCCCUCCA